AUGGUGUUCAUCCAUUCAGUAGAGUUCCAAAGACUGUACAGUCUAUGCCAAGGUUAUGAUUUUCACAUUACUCCACACUCCUUCACCGCCAUCCGACAGGAAAAUGACCCAAACCCCCAACCCCUCACUACCACCGCCUUCGCCACCACCACCACCACCACAGAUAGACAUACCUCGGCUUUAUUACAUAGAGAGAUGUUUGCUGUUUGCUAUGGCUUUGUGGAUUUUGACAGCCCAGCUGCAGCACAGAAGGCCGUGUCGUCUCUCAAAGCCACCGGGGUGCAGGCCCAAAUGGCCAAGCAACAGGAGCAGGACCCCACCAACCUGUACAUCUCCAACCUGCCGGUGUCUAUGGAUGAGCAGGAGCUGGAGAACAUGCUGAAGCCCCUAGGUCACGUCAUCUCCACGAGGAUACUGAGGGAUGCCAAUGGGGUCAGCAGAGGAGUCGGCUUCGCCAGAAUGGAGUCCACAGAGAAAUGUGAAGUAGUGAUACAGCACUUCAAUGGAAAAUACCUGAAAACCCCGCCAGGCAUUCCAGCUCCCACGGAGCCUUUGCUGUGCAAAUUUGCCGACGGAGGGCAGAAGAAACGUCAGAGUCAGAGCAAGUACCCUCAGAACGGGAGGCCGUGGCACAGAGAAGGCGAGACUGGCAUGGCGUUAACAUAUGAUCCUGCUGCAAUGCAGAAUGGGUUCUACUCUUCGCCUUACAGCAUCGCCACCAACCGCAUGAUUGCACAGACCUCCAUCACGCCCUUCAUCGCUGCUUCCCCAGUUUCCACAUAUCAGGUCCAGAGUACGUCAUGGAUGCCUCAUCAACAAUAUGUUAUGCAACCUGCAAUACAAGUGCACAUAGUGCCAUAUGUGUCGUCCAUACUGGUUAUUCCCAACCAGCCCGUACGGCAGCCUGACGGCCAUCCAUCUUCCAGCCUUAUGUCAUGA